UGGAGGUGAGAGGAGCUGGUGCUGUCCACUGUGUUGUGGGUGCUGAACCUGGGACGCGAGCAGACCGGUGGCUCAAGCAUUUAGAGGCAACGCCCUCUGUGCCCUGGGGGACCGCUUCACCAGCAGGACUAUAUCAACUUGACAAAGGAGUGUGGUAGCGGACGUGGGAGAGAGUCCUCUGUUUGCCACCUGGGCGCUCAUUCAAGCGUGACUUUGGAGAUUUCUCUAGUUUCAGACCAAACUAUUUUCAUCUUUUCCCAGCUAAGAGGAUCUUUUUAGUUUUUUUUAAAUUAUUAUUUUUAUUGUGAUUUAUAUUUCACACCUUUUAGGGAUCUUUCUGGGAGACUUUUUUUGACUGUUAAAAUAAGGUGAAAAUCAGUAAGGAUGUUUAAGUGCUGGUCAGCUGUUUUGUUUCUUGGAUUCAUUUUUUUGGAGUCAGAAGGAAGGCCAAGCAGAGAAGCAGGAUAUGGCCCGAAGUCCUAUCAACCUCUAAUAAGAUUGCGACACAAGCAGGAAAAAAGUCAAGAAAGUUCAAGAAUCAAAGGAUUCCAUAUUCAGGAUGGCCCUUUGGGAUCCUGUGAGAAUAAGUACUGCGGCCUGGGAAGGCACUGUGUGAUCGGCAGAGAGACGGGGCAAGCGGAAUGCGCCUGCAUGAACCUCUGCAAACGGCACUACAAGCCCGUGUGCGGGUCGGACGGGGAAUUCUACCAGAACCACUGCGAGGUGCACAGAGCCGCUUGCCUGAAGAAGCAAAAGAUCACCAUCGUGCACAACGAAGACUGCUUCCUCAAAGGAGAUAACUGCAAGGCCACCGACUACAGCAAGAUGAAAAGCAUGCUUUUAGAUUUACAAAAUCAAAAAUAUAUUACACAAGAAAAUGAAAACUCUAACGAUGAUGACCUAUCUCAGAAGAAGUUGUUGGUGGAUCAAAUGUUUAAAUAUUUUGAUGCCGACAGUAACGGACUUAUAGAUAUUAAUGAACUAACUCAGGUGAUAAAACAGGAAGAACUUGGCAAGGAUCUUUCAGAUUGUACUUUGUAUGAUCUACUGAAAUACGAUGAUUUUAACUCUGACAAGCACCUGGCUCUUGAAGAAUUUUACAGAACAUUCCAGGUUAUCCAGCUGAGUCUGCCCGAAGACCAGAAACUAAGCAUUACGGCGGCUACUGUGGGACAAAGUGCUGUUCUGAGCUGUGCCAUUCAGGGAGCACUGCGACCUCCCAUCAUCUGGAAGAGGAACAACAUUAUUCUAAAUAAUUUAGAUUUGGAAGACAUCAAUGACUUUGGAGACGAUGGGUCCUUGUAUAUUACUAAGGUUACCACAACUCACAUGGGCAAUUACACCUGCUAUGCGGACGGCUAUGAGCAAGUCUAUCAGACUCACAUCUUCCAAGUGAACGUUCCUCCAGUGAUCCGGGUAUAUCCAGAGAGUCAGGCUAGAGAGCCCGGGGUGACUGCAAGUUUGAGGUGCCAUGCAGAGGGCAUACCAAACCCUCAGCUGGGCUGGAUGAAGAAUGGAAUUGAUAUUACACCAAAGCUGUCCAAACAGCUCACACUUCAAGCAAAUGGCAGUGAGGUGCAUAUAAGCAAUGUGCGCUAUGAGGACACCGGAGCAUACACCUGCAUUGCAAAGAACGAAGCAGGAGUGGAUGAGGACAUCUCUUCUCUUUUUGUGGAAGAUUCUGCUAGAAAGACCCUAGCUAACAUAUUAUGGAGAGAAGAAGGUCUGGGAAUUGGAAACAUGUUCUAUGUUUUUUAUGAAGAUGGAAUCAAAGUGAUACAACCCAUAGAGUGUGAAUUUCAGAGGCACAUUAAGCCUAGUGAAAAGCUCCUUGGAUUUCAGGAUGAAGUCUGUCCCAAAGCUGAAGGAGAUGAAGUUCAGAAAUGUGUGUGGGCCUCAGCCGUCAAUGUCAAAGACAAGUUCAUUUAUGUUGCACAGCCAACUUUGGACAGAGUCUUAAUUGUGGAUGUGCAGUCUCAGAAAGUUGUUCAGGCAGUAAGUACAGACCCUGUCCCAGUAAAAUUACACUAUGACAAAUCUCAUGACCAGGUCUGGGUGCUAAGCUGGGGUACCAUGGAAAAGACUUCUCCAACACUGCAGGUCAUAACCCUGGCCAGUGGGAAUGUGCCGCACCACACGAUCCACACCCAGCCGGUGGGAAAGCAGUUUGACCGAGUGGAUGACUUUUUCAUUCCCACUACCACACUCCUCAUCACCCACAUGAGGUUUGGAUUUAUCCUCCAUAAAGAUGAAGCUGCACUACAGAAAAUUGAUCUUGAGACCUUGUCAUACAUCAAGACAAUUAACCUGAAGGACUACCAGUGCGUCCCCCAGUCGCUGGCGUACACGCACCUGGGAGGAUACUACUUCGUGGGCUGCAAGCCCGACAGCACCGGAGCGGUCCCGCCGCAGCUCCUGGUGGACAGCGUCACCGACUCCGUCCUUGGAUUCAACAGCGACGUGACGGGCACCCCAUACAUGUCCCCGGACGGGCACUACCUCGUGAGCGUCAACGACGUGAGAGGUCUGGUCAGGGUUCAGUCCAUCACCAUCAGGGGGGAAAUACAGGAGGCCUUUGACAUCCACACGAAUCUGCACAUAGCGGACCUGGCCUUCCAGCCGUCCUUCACCGAGGCCCAUCAGUACAACAUCUACGGGAGCUCGGGCGCGCAGACCGACGUGCUCUUCGCGGAGCUCUCCUCCGGGAAGGUGAAGAUGAUCAAGAGCCUGAAGGAGCCCCUCAAGCCAGAGGAGUGGCCGUGGAGCCGGAAGAACAGGCAGAUCCAGGACAGUGGCUUGUUCGGGCAGUACCUGAUGACACCUUCCAAGGACUCUCUCUUUAUACUCGAUGGACGACUCAACAAGUUAAACUGUGAGAUCACUGAAGUUGAAAAGGGAAAUACAGUUAUUUGGGUUGGAGACGCCUAGGAGCCCUAUUAGAUAAUUACUGAAUGAAGAGUUUUCCGGUACAUUGCACUUAAUGUAUUGUUUAAACUGACAGCUUAAUUUUUCAAGUUUAUAUCCUAGUCAUACAUGAGUUAACGGGGUUGGCCCAAAUAAAAUUUUUAAAAAAAAUUUGGCAAAGAAAUACACGAUUAGUAAUAUUGAUUGAUUCCAAAUUUUUAACACAACAUUUGAUAAGAAACUAUAUUAAUCAAAGAAUCAAAUGCAUAAUUAUGUUUUAAACCAACAGAAUAAGAAUUUAAAUACUUAAAAAUAACUGCAGGGAAUUUCGGAUGACUUUCAGCACCAUUUUAUUUUAAGGGUUGGUUUAUCUAUUUUCUCAGUCCUUUUUUGGUAUACUUAAACCAGAAAUAAAAGGUAUUGUGGAAACUUAAAAUUCAAAAUAUUCUGUCCCAUUCACUGUUUAUAAUCUUUUGUGCCUUGAGGGAAUGUCACAAGAGGAAAAGGAAAGCUAAACGCUGCAUACUAAACACUUAUAACUAUUAAAAAUCUCUUGUCGUUAAAAGAGAAAUGUUUAACAUCUCUCGCACUAAAUCCUGCCUUCAGUUAUUUGUUUAAUGGAAUAUCAUUUGAAGGCAUAAGAUGGCCUUAGGUUGUAUACAGGUGACAGAACUCUAUUUGACACUUACUGUAUACUCUGCAGCACGCUAUGGAAAAUGGGGAGGAAGGGAGGAAAAAUAAUUAUGGUCAAAAUGUUUGCAAUGUAUUCUCUACUCAUUUUGCUUUUAAUCACUAGACUGCAUUAUGUUUAUAAUGCAAGUUUGGGAUGUCAACUGCUUAGAAAUGCUCAUUAAUAGCAGACUAGAUUCUUUUUAAUUUCAUGUAGUCCAGUGUUGCAUCAGCAGGAACUCUCAUUUCUAAGAAAAGAAGCAUUAUUUUUGUCUGCUUAGAGUAAUACCACAUGUAGGGAAAUUAACACCGGGGAGAAAAAACUGGCUAGAGAACUAAUGAGUAUUAGUGUUUUAGGAGAAUUAGUUUAGAACUCGGAAAGUUAGGGGAUAGCUCCACAGUGGUGAGUAAAAAUGCACUUCACCCUCGCCUUCGCUGUUUAAAUAUAACCCAUCAAAAUCUUCAUUCUCUAAUAACUUUCGUAAGUGACUUCUAUUUGACUCCUACGUCAUCUUCAAAUGACCCACUCACUAACUGUGUGCUAUAGUUCAAAACCUAGUGCACCCUCUUCUGUGAGGCACUGCAGAGAAGUAAAAAGGUAUUGUAUUUUUAAGGAUAAGUAUAAGGCCAGUAGACGAGGAUUAAAACUAGAGAGUUGGUUUAUAGAAAUAAGCGGAUAAUUAUCUAGGCUUAAGGUAAUAGCUUACAUGUUUUGAGAAUCUUUUUACUUAUUUUUGCUUUGUUGCUGCUAAAAUGCUAAUGGGCUGUGGAAAUGACCUCCAUUCACUGAAGGUAAUCCAAUAAGGUCUUUUAUAAACACAAAUUUUACUCAAGUUUAAAUUGUGUAAAACUGCUUAGAAACCUGAAAUUUUAUAGUGUGUAAUAUCUUAUGUGUAUAUAGCAUCCUGAACUGUGUGAUACAGUAGAUUUCUUCUUAGCUUAAGAAACCAUUAUGAGAGGUAGAUUUAAUAACAAAACCAGCUUAUGUUUCUACUUAUCUGCUUUCCUUUUCAGCAAUUUCCUCCCUUGUGAACAUGAACCAUAUCAGGUGUCUGUGACCUAAUGAUUUAAUGUAAGUCUGUCUCAUACAUCCUUCUUUGGUAGCUUACACCAUGUGGAUGCUCUGUCUAUAGACACUGCUUGAUAAAAGGAGAAUAAACCUCUUACAUUUUAACCUUUGA